GUAAAGUAUACUGUUUUUUUUCGAACGGAAUUAAUAGUUCCAUGCUAGUAAAACCUUAAAAAGUUAAAACAUUCCCCUCACUCAAAAAUUCCAAUUAAAUCAAAAAACACUUCUGCCACUGGUGUAAAAUGGCGUCAAAAUUAACACAACCAUUUUCAAUAGAUCCUUCGUUUGACAAAGACAGGCAUGUACGAUUCCUAGACAUGAUGUACGAAUUACUACCCAGUGAUUACGAGUCUCAAGAGAUCAACCAUCUUACUCUUGCUUACUUUACUCUCUCUUCUCUUGAUAUUCUUGGCGCUUUAGAUCGGGUUGACAAGGAGGCAAUAGUUGCAUGGGUGUUGUCAUUUCAAGCUCAUAAAAAAGAUCAAGAUGACUUGAGAAGCGGACAAUUUUAUGGAUUUCUUGGUUCGAGGUCAUCACAGUUUCCAGCAGAUGCUCUUAAGAAUUCAAAUUGUAACAGUAGUCAUUUGGCAAGCACGUAUAGUGCAUUAGCUAUACUGAAGAUCCUUGGCUAUGAUUUUUCUUUGUUUGAUUCUGAAUCCAUAUUGAGAUCUAUGAGAAACCUGCAACAAUCUGAUGGGAGUUUUAUGCCUAUCCAUAUUGGGGCUGAGGCAGAUCUGCGGUUUGUGUAUUGUGCUGCUGCCAUUUCCUAUCUGCUGGAUGACUGGACUGGAAUGGACAAAGAGAUGGCUAAGGAGUAUAUUUUGAAUUGUCAGUCAUAUGAUGGUGGCUUUGGUUUAUGUCCUGGUGUGGAAUCCCAUGGUGGUGCAACAUACUGUGCAAUUGCAUCUCUACGACUGAUGGGAUUUAUAGAAGAUGAUCUUCUCUCCAAGGGUGUAUCAUCCUCAAUCAUAGACAUUCCCGUGCUUCUCGAUUGGAUGAUGCAGAGACAAGCUGCAGAUGGUGGAUUUCAGGGAAGAUUAAACAAACCCAGUGACACAUGCUAUGCUUUCUGGGUGGGUGGUGUGUUGAAGAUAUUGGGAGGCAGCAAAUUUGUUAACAAAGAAGCCUUGCGUGAUUCGCUACUGACUUGUCAAUCUGUGUAUGGCGGUUUCAGUAAAUUUCCAGGGGAAUUGCCGGAGCUUUAUCACUCAUAUUACGGGUUCUCUGCAUAUAGUCUGUUGGAGGAACCUACUCUGAACUCCCUCUGUGUUGAACUUGGAAUAACGAAGAGAGCUGCAUCUGGAUCUUGAUUUAAGAUCUCAUUCAUUAAAAGUUGAUUUACUUGAGGCACAGAUUGUAUCAUAUCAUUUGUUGUACACUACAACAGAGAACAGGAAGCAUGUAACUUCAAGGCUGGUUAGACAUACUACGGAUCGGAGAAGUGACUCGAACUUUUUUUAUAGGGUUUCAGCCAAAGUUUCUUCAUCGCCGAAAACUUUAUAAGUUGGAUAAAAUACGUAGGUUGUGAUGUUUAGAGGGGAAAAAAUAUACCGUCGGCAGUGAUUUGCUCUUGAACAAUCUGUAAAUUCUCUUCUUUUUCAUUUCCUUUUUUUCCCUUCUCUGGUACAUUUGUUCAAUGUUGGUUUGAUUGUUCCAGCCUUAAGAGUAGACAUUUCAAAGUUGAUUGAUAGAAAGCGUAUGUUUUACACGAAAUACAUGGCAAUUCUUUUUACCUACAUAUGUUUGAUA